GAUGGUUGAGAAACGUCUUUUGUGUGUGUAUGUGACAGAUAGGUCAACAACAAGACCAAGUAAAUAAAACUUUGUUUUGAGACAGCCUUCAGGACUUACUAUAAAGCUAAAAAAAAAUCUUUUUUGGAAACCGCAAUCUCCUUAAAUCGAUUUUCCAUCAAUCCAAAAUGAUGACUAACAGCGAUGCUGAACUCAACAUAAAAGUGAAAAAGACUACGGAAAAAAUAUCCGAAAACAUGCACAUUGUAGCCAACGAACCGUCGUUAGCAUUUUACCGGAUACAGGAACAUGUCCGCAAGGUCUUACCGAUGAUAGUCGACCGAAAAGCGGAAGUGGCAAACUUAAACCAAGAACUACAAGGACACUGUUACGACAUGGAAUACGCCCUCAAGUCAAUCAAAUCGAUCGAAAAUUCGGAUGCCACGUUCAAGAACAUCCAAGAGUCACUGAAAAAUGCCAUCUUCCUAAAGCAACAGCUAAAGUUCGAAGAAGCACGGACGCGAAAAAAGGACACAAGUUCGAAUUCGGUGUACAAACGACUGUCAGCGCACAUUACGCUAGAUCUACCGGAUCUGCCCGAUUUAUCCGGUGUGGUCCGAGAGACAACCAAUCGUGUCGAGCAUAUGAUGUCGCAGGCUAGGCAAUCGUCCAGUUACAACGGAUCGGAAUUGCAGAGGUCACACACAACGCUGCAUUGAAAUAAGUUUUGAGCUCAUUUACAUCCCGCUGAAGGUACAGCCAUCAUUUUUGUGAUAUUGGUUUUUGAAUUUAUUUUCGGUUUCUAUUUCGA